UUUAGUUGGCAACACUUCAAACAUCCAUCCAAUAUGUCUUCCUCCAUGGGCAGCGGGAUGUUCCCCGGCCAGCAGUCCGCUGGUCCUCACCCUGUCGGCGGCCCGGGUCAGCCGGGACUACUAUCUGGAGCUCCGGGGAACAGGGUCCAGGGCCCCAACACUCUGGUGGACGACCUGGAGGCUUCUUUCGAGGCUUGCUUUGCGUCCCUAGUGAGUCAAGACUACGUGAACGGAACCGACCAGGAGGAAAUUCGGACAGGUGUGGAUCAGUGUAUUCAGAAGUUUCUGGAUGUCGCCAGACAGACAGAAUGCUUCUUCCUGCAGAAGCGUCUUCAGUUAUCAGUCCAGAAACCCGACCAGGUGGUCAAAGAGGAUGUGUCUGAGCUGCGGAAUGAACUCCAGAGGAAAGAGCUGCUUGUUCAGAAACACCUGUCUAAGCUGCACCACUGGCAGCAGGUUCUGGAGGAUGUCAGUGUCCAGCAUCGUAAACCGUCAGAUCUCCCUCCACCUGGACCCCUGGCCUUCCUGGAACAGGCCUCAGCUAGUCUACCAGCUGCACCACUCAAACAGACCUAACACACACACCUCUCUCUCUCCCUCCACCUGGACCCCUGGCCUUCCUGGAACAGGCCUCAGCUAGUCUACCAGCUGCACCACUCAAACAGACCUAACACACACACCUCUCUCUCUCCCUCCUGUGUAAAUAUUUCUGUUGUUUUUUUUGCUGACAGAAUGAAUGAGUUUGGAUCAGAACCACCAGCUGCUGUUUUGUCCUGACAGAAUAAAUGAGUUUGGAUCAGAACCACCAGCUGUUGUUUUGUCCUGACAGUAUAAAUGAGUUUGGAUCAGAACCACCAGCUGCUGUUUUGUUCUGACAGAAUGAGUGAGUUUGGAUCAGAACCACCAGCUGUUGUUUUGUCCUGACAGAAUAAAUGAGUUUGGAUCAGAACCACCAGCUGUUGUUUUGUCCUGACAGUAUAAAUGAGUUUGGAUCAGAACCACCAGCUGCUGUUUUGUUCUGACAGAAUAAAUGAGUUUGGAUCAGAACCACCAGCUGUUGUUUUGUUCUGACAGAAUAAAUGAGUUUGGAUCAGAACCACCAGCUGUUGUUUUGUCCUGACAGAAUAAAUGAGUUUGGAUCAGAACCACCAGCUGUUGUUUUGUCCUGACAGAAUAAAUGAGUUUGGAUCAGAACCACCAGCUGUUGUUUUGUCCUGACAGAAUAAAUGAGUUUGGAUCAGAACCACCAGCUGCUGUUUUGUCCUGACAGAAUAAAUGAGUUUGGAUCAGAACCACCAGCUGUUGUUUUGUCCUGACAGUAUAAAUGAGUUUGGAUCAGAACCACCAGCUGCUGUUUUGUUCUGACAGAAUAAAUGAGUUUGGAUCAGAACCACCAGCUGUUGUUUUGUCCUGACAGAAUAAAUGAGUUUGGAUCAGAACCACCAGCUGUUGUUUUGUCCUGACAGUAUAAAUGAGUUUGGAUCAGAACCACCAGCUGCUGUUUUGUCCUGACAGAAUAAAUGAGUUUGGAUCAGAACCACCAGCUGCUGUUUUGUCCUGACAGUAUAAAUGAGUUUGGAUCAGAACCACCAGCUGUUGUUUUGUCCUGACAGAAUAAAUGAGUUUGGAUCAGAACCACCAGCUGUUGUUUUGUCCUGACAGAAUAAAUGAGUUUGGAUCAGAACCACCAGCUGUUGUUUUGUCCUGACAGAAUAAAUGAGUUUGGAUCAGAACCACCAGCUGUUGUUUUGUCCUGACAGUAUAAAUGAGUUUGGAUCAGAACCACCAGCUGCUGUUUUGUCCUGACAGAAUAAAUGAGUUUGGAUCAGAACCACCA